AUGUCAUGUAAAGUCUCUGGUGGAACCUUAUAUCAGAUUAGAGGUCUAUGUCCAAACUUGCGACGCUUGACUAUAAGCAACUGUCAUGGAUUUUCUAGCGAAACAAUUGGAAGAAUCGUAUACCCGAGCUUAAUAUAUCUUAAAUUCCGCCAUCAUCGUAUCAAGGAUAAAACUAUUUAUAAUAUUGCCUCUUCAUGCCCAAAUUUAACCUAUCUCUAUUUAGGAUAUAGUGAAUACAUCUCUGAUAUUUCUAUUAUAGAAAUUGCCAAGUCGUGUCAAAAGUUAAAAUAUAUCAAAAUAGGUGGUGCCCACAUUACUGAUAUCUCAUUAAAAGAAAUCGCUCAUCUGUGUUCGAACCUUCAACAUAUCCACUUGAUCGAUUGUGAAAAAGUGACGGAUUAUGGAAUUAGCGUUAUAGCCACCUCAUAUCCAAAUAUGCUUAGUUUUUCUUUUACAAAUGGAAACGGUUUAUAUGAUAAAUUUAAUAAUGAGGGUAUUUCCGAUGUUUCUGUUAAAAAAAUCGCUCAGUGUUGUCCCGAUCUCCAAUAUCUUAAUGCUAGUUGGAAUUGUAUAUCCGAUGAUUCCAUUUGUAUAAUAGUGCGAUCAUGCCCAAAUCUUGAACAACUUUAUCUUGAAGGUUGCAAUAUUACCGAUAUAACUAUGACUGCAUUAGCAAAUUUAUGUAAUCUCCAGAAGCUCGAUAUUGAGGAAUGCGACAGAAUUAGUAUCAAUGCAAUUAUAACAUUGCAAAAUAAAAAUCCUGCUCUUGAUAUUGUCGGUUGGUAUCCAGAUACGAAUAUCUCUGGUGGAACCUUAUAUCAGAUUAGAGGUCUAUGUCCAAACUUGCGACGCUUGACUAUAAGCAACUGUCAUGGAUUUUCUAGCGAAACAAUUGGAAGAAUCGUAUACCCGAACUUAAUAUAUCUUAAAAUCCGCCAUCAUCGUAUCAAGGAUAAAACUAUUUAUAAUAUUGCCUCUUCAUGCCCAAAUUUAACCUAUCUCUAUUUAGGAUAUAGUGAAUACAUCUCUGAUAUUUCUAUUAUAGAAAUUGCCAAGUCGUGUCAAAAGUUAAAAUAUAUCAAAAUAGGUGGUGCCCACAUUACUGAUAUCUCAUUAAAAGAAAUCGCUCAUCUGUGUUCGAACCUUCAACAUAUCCACUUGAUCGAUUGUGAAAAAGUGACGGAUUAUGGAAUUAGCGUUAUAGCCACCUCAUACCCAAAUAUGCUUAGUUUUUCUUUUACAAAUGGAAACGGUUCAUAUGAUAAAUUUAAUAAUGAGGGCAUUUCCGAUGUUUCUGUUAAAAAAAUCGCUCAGUGCUGUCCCGAUCUCCAAUAUCUUAAUGCUAGUUGGAAUUGUAUAUCCGAUGAUUCCAUUUGUAUAAUAGUGCGAUCAUGCCCAAAUCUUGAACAACUUUAUCUUGAAGGUUGCAAUAUUACCGAUGUAACUAUGACUGCAUUAGCAAAUUUAUGUAAUCUCCAGAAGCUCGAUAUUGAGGAAUGCGACAGAAUUAGUAUCAAUGCAAUUAUAACAUUGCAAAAUAAAAAUCCUGCUCUUGAUAUUGUCGGUUGGUAUCCAGAUACGAAUAGUGAGUCGG